CGCAAUGUCUCUCCUGCACCCCACAAACAGCAUCUCCUCUCCCUCUCAUCUCCCUCACGCGCUCUCUCCCUCCAUCACCGUCUCUUAUCUCGCCAUUCUCGCCGUAGCCUAGCGCUGUGCAAGGAACUUGCUGGUCUUGCUAGCUCCAUUAUCAUUCUUGCUGGGCUAUAAAUACUGCUAACACAGGGUUGAGACUUGAGAGGCUAGCUCAAACUCCACGAGUUCAGCUGCAUGCUACUCUGCUAGCUAGGCGGCAGCGUAAGGCCAAGCAAAUGUGUCAAAAAGACCAAUCUAUGGGUUCAGAUUCCUGUGUCCUGGAGAUGCCUCAGCUGGUUCAUGAGCUGAAAAAUCAGAUGGCCACCUUUAACUCGUCAUCCAAGCCGCAGGUCGUCCACAGUUGCCAUCUAUUUUCCAGUUCCAUCAUCAUCGGCAAGGUCCGCGACCUCACCCGCAACGUCGACAGCAGCGAGUACGAUCCCGACCACGUGGCCAUCGGCCCGUACCAUCACCCUCGGCCCCAGAGCAAGAACCUGCACCUUGCCAUGGAGCACGACAAACUGGCAAGCCUCGUCCUCGUGCUCUCGGCGGCGAAGGCGGCGAGACCCGCCAUGACGAUGGAGGUCUACGUCCAGGAGCUGGCGUGCCUCGUGGACCACGCCAGGAACUGCUACGCCAACACAUUUGAUGACAUGACGAGCGAGCAAUUCGUGCGCAUGCUCCUCCUCGACGGCUGUUACAUACUCUCCCGCGUCGUUAACCUUCGAGCACAUCAUCUAGAUGAUGUCGGGGUUGCAGAGGCCGGCGUCUCCUCGGCGAACAGGGCGGAGGCGCUAGCGGUGCUCCGCGACGUGUUCUACCUCGCGGAGAACCAGAUACCCUUCUUCGUCCUUGAGAAGAUCGGUGAGCUGACGGGUUUGGAGGGUAAGUAUCGUGUGUUUAGAGAGAUCUCGGAUUAUGCCCUUGUUCUCAUGAGGAUGCAAAGGUACGCAAUGGCCGCGCCCGCCAUGGUACCACCAGUGCCGACGGUGCCUGGAAAUCUUCUCCAUCUUCUUCAUAUGCACCUGAAGCCCCUUGCACUGUCCGUCUCGCCUGCCACGCCGAUUAGCACCGUCGAUCCCGUGCCCGUGCGCCGGUGGCGCUCCGCGACGGAGUACAACUUCGCCGGAGUGAAGUUCAACGCCCGGGCCAUGAGCGAGAAGGGUGUCAUCCGCUGCAUCCUCGACGUGAAGCUGGACGGCGGUGGCGGUACGCUGGAGAUCCCCGUCCUGGACAUCGACGCCGAGACGUGGCGGCUAUUACGCAACCUGAUGGAGCUGGAGCAGAGGAACCGGGAGACGGUGGGGAGCCAUGUCACGGCAUACUGCGUGUUCAUGUCCCAGAUGGCCUGCACAACGAAGGACGUGGAGCUCUUGGUGAAGAGAGGCGUCAUCGUGCAUGGCCACGGCAACAACGAAGAGGUGGCCAAAUGCUUCGUCGACCUUUGCAAGGGGAUUAUGUUUGACCCUGAUGACCCCGGCUGCAACUACCUACGGGAGACAUGCAAGAAGCUGGAGAAGCGGUUCCAGAGCAACCCCCGGAGGUGGACUGCCUGGCUAAGGCAGAGGUACUUGAGGAACCCAUGGCUUGCCGUUGGGCUCAUGGCAGCUGCUAUUGGCUUACUUCUCGCAGUCAUCCAAACAGUCUACUCUGUUUUGUGUUACUACAAACAACGAUGAAAACAUCUCGUCGGUCGCUAAGAAUUGGAUGGCGCCAUAAUAAUAAUUAGAUCAUGUUGUACGUGACUACUAAAAUCACAUUAGAGUUAUGGAAUGUCGUCACGCUUAUGUAUUGUAAGUUCUAGUCCUCUAUUCAAUGAUGUGCAUGCUCA